UGAUAAAAAGCUUAAAAACUGGUAUUUUUACCUUUCCUUAACUUUCAGCUUCACUUUCUAACAUGAAGCAGGCUUCCAGAGUCUCUCUUCAGCGUUUACAACAGUGGUGGCCGCAGUUACGACCUCUGCCCACAGGGGGGCGCUGUUUCUCCGUCAAAGCUGCUGACUCUGAACUGAAAGAAUUCCCCUCAAACCCGGAAGCGUUCCUCCAUCAGCCGAGCUGCUGCUUCUCAUUCCGUCUGAGAAUCGCUCGUGAAGGUAUGAAAUUGUAAACUUGUAGCUUCAGGGUUGAACUCGAAGGUGGGACAUUUUGUCCGUCCAACUCACCAGAUGCCGAAGUAGCUGGAAGCACGUGCCGAGUUGGCGACAUGGCCGCAGGUAUCCCCCCCACACCUGUGUACUCUCACGCGGGGCGGGGACAGUUCCGGGAUGUUUACGAGCCAGCUGAGGACUCGUUUCUUCUGAUUGACGCUCUGGAAAAAGACGCAGAGAGGCUUCGGACGUUAAGGUUGGAAUAGUUACAGGAUGUACCUGGACGCAUCACGAUUAUCAGUGUAAUCCAUAUAUACUCCGGGACCAGGAACUUAGAAAAUGACCUGCCGUCUCAACUGGUAGCUGAUGGACCUGUUGGUGAAAAGGUAGAGUGUGUAAAUGUGUCAGUGAUACUUCAGUCACCUCCUUUUACACCUCUGGGAUAUUUGUUCAUGUGAUAAUCUGGAUUUAACCUUUUUUUUCAGGUGCGGAGGAUCCUGAAAGGGAAGUAUUGUCAAGCUUAAAUGAAGCUCAGAAACACUGUCAGUCAGACAGUCCGGUCUAUCAUAGGAAUAUUUGCCAGAAUAAGGCAGAUGGUGGUCGUUUCAGUGAAACAUGCCCAAUGUUCAUUACUAUGUAGUGCUCAGAGGAGAGAUCUUUGCAUUGUUUGGUUUAACUAUUUUUAAUGACUUAUUAUUUUAAACAUUGAAUCAUGGUUUGGGUUUUUGUUUUCGAAAUAAAAGCAGUUUCAUUAGAUUUCAACCUCAAAAGUAUACAUGCUACUUUUGAAUAAGUGCAUUUGAUUUAAUUUGAAGGUGUAAAAUAGCCUUUGACUAUGUUUGUUUCUUUAAAUAACUUCUGAAAUCAUCUGAUGUGUGUUUUCAUACAUGUAUGUAUAAUGUUUGUUCAUACAUUUACACAGUAAUGCUUUUUUAUAUCAUACUGAUCUAUGACAUUUUUAAUCAGACUAAACUAUGAAAUUUUUGUAUCAUACUAUACAAUGACAUUUUUAUGUCAUACUAUGUUGUAAAAUUUUAAUCAUACUAAACUUUGUUUUUUGGCAUACCAUUCUCUGUCUUUUUUAUCAUAAUAUAUUAAAAACACCCAAUUUUUAUAUCAUACUACACGAUAACAUUUCUUUAUCAUACUUUACUGUGAUUUUUUUAUCAUACCAUAUUAUGAGGUUUUUAACAUACUAUACUAUGACAUUUUUAUCAUACUUAACUAUAACUUUCUAUGACACUUUUUAUAUCAUACUGUAUUAUGAGAUUUUUUUCAUACUAUACUAUGACUUUUUUUAAAAAUUAUACUAUACAAUGACAUUUGUAUACAGCAGUUAAUUUUAAAUAGUUUAGAUCAAUUAAGGAAGAGAGGGAGGGAGUAGCUUCACGUCUCAUGUAGAAGUCCCUCCUUGGAUUUCUUCACAGCGUUCUCCAGAGUUUUGACAGCAAAGAAGUCAGAUCCUUUUAAAAACCUUGACCUGUACCUGUCUCUGUGGCUCAGAGAGGAAAAGACUUAUUUAGACUCCUGACAUUGAAGGUUGGAACCCUUAUCCAGGUCCUGGUGAAUUUUAAAGUCCAGUGUGGAGAGGAGAGGAGAGUGAGAAUCUUUCACAAACAGGAUCCUCUUUAGUGUCCACAUGGCUCAGAGGAUAAGAAGCUCGAUCCUUACCUUAUUCAGGUCGAGGUUAAAUUUAAAGUCUAGUGUCUAGAAAUGAGCGUUAAAUAGGAAAAACCCGGAAUCACCCUGUGUGUCCAAAUAGCUCAGCGGAUAAGACGAUGGCCUGGGACUCCUGAGGUCGUGGGUUCGAUCCUUACCUUAUUCAGGUCGAGGUGAAAUUUAAAGUCUAGUGUCUAGAAAUGAGAGUUAAAUAGGAAAAACCCGGAAGUACCCUGUGUGUCCAAAUAGCUCAGCGGAUAAGACGAUGGACUGGGACUCCUGAGGUCGUGGGUUCGAUCCUUACCUUAUUCAGGUCGAGGUGAAAUUUAAAGUCUAGUGUCUAGAAAUGAGAGUUAAAUAGGAAAAACCCGGAAGUACCCUGUGUGUCCAAAUAGCUCAGCGGAUAAGACGAUGGACUGGGACUCCUGAGGUCGUGGGUUCGAUCCUUACCUUAUUCAGGUCGAGGUGAAAUUUAAAGUCUAGUGUCUAGAAAUGAGAGUUAAAUAGGAAAAACCCGGAAUCACCCUGUGUGUCCACAUGGCUCAGAGGAUAAGACGAUGGACUGGGACUCCUGAGGUCGUGAGUUCAAAUCUCACCUACAUCUAGUUGAAUUUUUUAAAGUCCUUUAGCCAAAGUAAGAAGAUAAAAGCGGGCAUUCCGCAUGCCCUAGUGUGGAUCCUAUCUAAUGGCACUGCAUGGAAGUCUAUUGCCACCCAAUGGGGCCUGGUUUGAUACCAGCUCAUGGCUGGAGAGUAUUAGUAACGAUCAGAAUUAGCCAUCAUUAGAAGUGAAUCAUCACUUCUUCAGGAGUCUAUACCGAUUACGGUAUAGAAGGAAAUUUUCAUCAUUUCAUUACUUUGAACUACCCCGUCACUAACUGGAAUCGAACCGGGGUCCACACAUUGAGAGUCAAUUGACUAACACACAUGCUACAAGAUACGAUCCACACUUAGGUAGGAGCUGGGCGCCCUUUUACCUUGCUACUUUGGCUCCGAGACUUUAAAAUUCUCAUAGACCUGGAUAAGGUUGAGCUUGAACGCACAACCUCAGGAGUACUAGUCAGUCUUCUUAUCCUCUAAGCCAUGGGGACGCACAGGGUACAUCCGGGUUUUUCCUAUUUAACUCUCUCUAAUCUCUAAGAAGAUAAAAGCGGGCAUUCUGCAUGCCCUAGUGUGGAUCCUAUCUAAUGGCCCUGCAUGGAAGUCUAUUGGCACCCAAUGGGGCCUGGUUUGAUACCAGCUCAUGGCUGGAGAGUAUUAGUAACGAUCAGAAUUAGCCAUCAUUGGAAGUGAUGAUUAGUCAUCACUUCCUCAGAUUUCUAUACCAAUUACCGUAUAGAAGGACAUUUUUAUCACAUAUAUUUGCUUGAGUUUUUUCUUUUUUAGAAACCACCCGAGUUUACAGCUGGAAUUCAAGAUUUAAAGAUGAAAAUGUAUUAUUAUUAGCAUGAUGUUUCUGUUUUUUACUGUAAGACUGCUUAUUUAAUUUUGUCCAAAAAUGUAUAAAUGAUAAAUUAAAGGAAUAUAAAAAAGAAAUUAAAUUUUGGGAGGAGUAAAGUUAAUCAGCUGAGCUUGCCGCUCAUUUGAAACAAGUUUCUGGGAUUUUAGUAAACUUUUGUCCUUUACCACUUACAUAAACUUUAUCAGUCAAAGUCUUCCACAUACAUUUACUUUCACUAACCGUCACUCUUAUUUUUGCAGAUUCAUCCUCUUAUUUCCCCCUUAUGUUAAGAAUGGCUCUACAUAUACCUUUAAUAUUUUUUUACACUUGAAAGCAUUGGCCUUGACUCUCUGUAAAAGCAAAAAUAAUACAUGCUGUAUGUACAUCAAACUACUGUACAUGUCAAAGAGAAAUUCGCACGAACAUAAGUAUGUCUCUAAAACAACAGUUUGAAAAGAAACAGAAUGAAGCAAAUUUUCCCCAAAUCUUAAAAACAUGUCAUUCGUUGGGAAUUACUUAAGUCAAACAUGAUAAAAAGAUACAAAUUUUCUAAUUUUUUAUUCUAUUUUUAUUUAUCUCAGUUUCAGUUUAUUUUAAAAUGUUAUAAUUACACUUUGCAUUUCAUUUCAUUUAUUAGUUCAAAAGAUCAGAGCAUGAUAUUAAAAAUAGAAAAAUAAUGCAUUUAAAGAGCAAAUACAUGAGCAGAACGUUGAAAUCAGGUUUAAAAGGUCAAAAUAUGACUUAAAAUUUAAAAUACUGAGUUAAACAAAUCAAAGCAUGAAAUAAAAUAUCUAAUCAUGUUUGGCUUGUAAUCUUGAGAUGCAAAAUUAAAAACAUUAAAUAAAACACCAAAAAGUUUCUGCAGACCUAAUACUGGUGGGCCAAUAAUAAUACAAAUAUGAUAUGAUCUUGUGGGCCAGAUAUAAUUGUUCCACGGGCCAGAUUUGGUCCCCGAGUCUUAAGUUUGACACCUGUGUUCUGGAGUGCUGGGGCUGAAAAUCAUACAAAGCCACAAUAUUAGUUCAGAUGGUUAAUAUAUAACUAUAAACCUAAACUGUACAGCACUGCAACAAUGGAGGAGGAGUCUAGAGUGCUAAAUAAUCAAAACUACAAUAAAGCUUUACGGAGCAUGAUAAAAAGCUUAAAAACUGGUAUUUUUACCUUUCCUUAACUUUCAGCUUGACUUUCUAACAUGAAGCAGGCUUCCAGAGUCUCUCUUCAGCGUUUACAACAGUGGUGGCCGCAGUUACGACCUCUGUCCACAGAGGGGCGCUGUUUCUCCGUCAAAGCUGCUGACUCUGAACUGAAAGAAUUCCCCUCAAACCCGGAAGCGUUCCUCCAUCAGCCGAGCUGCUGCUUCUCAUUCGGGCUGAGAGUCGCUCGUGGAGGUAUAAAAUUGUAAACUUGUAGCUUCAGGGUCGAACUCGAAGGUGGGACAUUUUGUCCGUCCGACUCACCAGAUGCCGAAGUAGCUGGAAGCACGUGCCGAGUUGGUGACAUGGCCGCAGGUAUCCCCCCCACACCUGUGUACUCUCACGCGGGGCGGGGACAGUUCCGGGAUGUUUACGAGCCAGCUGAGGACUCGUUUCUUCUGAUUGACGCUCUGGAAAAAGACGCAGAGAGGCUUCGGACGUUAAGGUUGGAAUAGUUACAGGAUGUACCUGAACGCAUCACGAUUAUCAGUGUAAUUCAUAUAUACUCAUGUUUUUGUUGUUUUUGUUUGUUGUUUGUAGUCCGUGUGUGUGUUUGGAGGUGGGCAGCGGCUCUGGAGUGGUGUCAGCAUUUCUGGCUUCAGUUAUAGGACCUUCAGCUCUUUUUCUGUGAGUUUACAACCGUUUAAAAGCAGAGAAAUAACAGAGUUAAACAGAAUUACAUUGAAUGGAUCAUGUGUUCAUAUCUUGUUUAGUUGCACUGAUGUGAAUCCUGCAGCAGCUGAGUGCACAGCAAAGACAGCCUCCUGUAACAGUGUCUCCCUGCAGCCUGUUAUCACAUCCCUGGUAUGACUCUUAUGAUCAUAUUUCAGACACUAACACUCAUUCUGUGCGAGAAUUAGGAUCAGUAAAGCAGCUCUCCUCUCUUUUAGGUGGACUCUCUUCUGCCACGUCUCAGUGGGAAAGUGGACGUCCUGCUUUUUAACCCUCCAUAUGUGGUGACCCCUUCAGAGGAGGUGGGACAGCUCAUUACAGGAGUUAAUUUAGAGUUUAUUGAAGAGGAUAUUGAAAGGUCUUGUAUGGUUAUUUCAGGUUGGAAGCAGGGGUAUAGAAGCAGCCUGGGCUGGUGGAAAGCGAGGCCGAGAGGUCACAGACAGAUUCCUGCCUUUGGUAUCUGAGCUGCUCUCCGAUAAAGGACUUUUCUACCUCAUCGCCAUCGCUGAGAAUGAUCCAGGUAAACAUGAAGCCGUCCUCCUCAGGUUGAUUUUAAACGUGGUUACGGUUUAAUCAUGUGUUUUUUUUCUCACUAGAUGAAAUGAUCGGCCUGAUGGACAAAUGCGGCUUAAAAGGAGAGUCCUUCAUGGCGACGAGAGCUGGGAAUGAGAGGCUGUCGGUGCUGCGCUUCCACCGAAGAGAGACAUUCAAGUAUCCCUGAUGGACUUCACCAAGGAUUGCCUUUAAGAGACAAUAACAAUAUCCUACAAUGUCACACCACAUUCACAGUAUGCGGGACAAACUUGUGUGUAAAUAAAGAUAUUUUUGAUUAUGUCG